CUAGGGAAUAUUAUCAAUAUUCUUUAAAAUGUUUUGAAGACGGUUGGUGUCACUGAUCUGAAGUGACUACUUUCACGGUGUUUCGGGCCUCUUACGCGUGCUGUGAACUGGCAAGAUGUACACAGCAAGUGCCAAAAUUGUGAAAAGCGGCGGGGCUGAGCCUGAUGCCUUCGAAACCAGCAUUGCCCAAGCUUUGCUGGAGUUGGAAAUGAACAGUGACUUGAAAUCACAAUUAAGAGAACUUUAUAUCACUAAAGCAAGAGAAAUUGAAACUAAUAAUAAAAAGUCUAUUAUUAUUUACGUACCGAUGCCAAAGCUGAAAGCUUUCCAAAAAAUUCAAACAAGGCUGGUACGUGAAUUGGAAAAAAAGUUCUCAGGAAAGCAUGUAAUGUUUGUGGGAGAAAGGAAAAUUCUUCCUAAGCCUACUCGCAAGACACGUACGAAGAAUAAGCAGAAAAGACCUAGGAGUCGUACGCUCACCGCAGUAUAUGACGCAUUAUUGGAAGACUUGGUAUACCCAGUAGAAAUUGUGGGCAAGCGUAUUCGAAUUAAAUUGGAUGGUGCUCAAGUAAUCAAAGUACACUUGGACAAAAAUGAGCAAACAAAUAUAGAACAUAAGGUUGACACGUUUGCUGCUGUGUAUAAGAAGUUAACAGGUCGUGAUGUUACAUUUGAAUUUCCUGAAUCAUAUGUGUGAUUUGCACUUUAAUAAAAAAUAAUUAAAAGUGCA